AUGACUCAGCAAGAAAAAAAAGCUGCAUCGUUUGGUUUCGCCGACGAUAAGAACUUCACGAAUAACAGCAUCAUGGCUCCUGCCCGGACUUCUCGCGGAAAGCCUCCGAAAACUCAUCAUGACUCCGGUCGGACCCUCAAACGAAAGCGCGGCGAGGAUACACUGUCCUCACUCGUUCAGCGCGUCGAGGAUCUCGACUUGAAGGCCUCCGUCAAGGCCUUCUCCGAUCUUCCACUCUCCGAGCCCACCGCAAAGGGCCUGGCUGCCUCGCACUUCAAGACCCUGACCGACAUCCAGCAGCGCGCUAUCGUCCAUUCUCUCAAGGGCCGCGAUAUCUUGGGUGCUGCGAAGACCGGAUCUGGCAAGACUUUGGCCUUCAUUAUUCCCGUUCUCGAAAACCUGUAUCGCAGGCAGUGGACCGAACUCGAUGGAUUGGGUGCCCUUAUCCUAUCUCCGACACGCGAAUUGGCGAUCCAGAUUUUCGAGGUGUUGCGCAAGGUGGGCCGCUACCAUGCUUUCUCCGCCGGGUUGGUGAUCGGUGGAAAGAGUCUGCGCGAGGAACAAGAUCGACUGGGCCGCAUGAACAUUCUGGUCUGCACUCCGGGUCGUAUGCUCCAGCAUCUGGAUCAGACUGCCAUGUUUGAAACCCAUAAUAUGCAGAUGCUAGUUUUCGAUGAAGCGGACAGAAUCCUCGAUAUGGGAUUCCAAAAGACCGUCGAUGCGAUUGUCGAUCAUCUCCCCAAGGAGCGCCAGACCAUGCUAUUCAGUGCCACGCAGACGAAGAAGGUCUCCGAUUUGGCCCGUCUCAGUCUCAAGGACCCCGAAUACGUCGCUGUCCACGAAGCCGCCGCUGCGGCAACCCCAUCGACUCUCCAACAACACUACGUCGUCACUCCUCUCGCUUCAAAACUCGAUACAUUGUGGAGCUUCAUCCGCAGCAAUCUCAAGUCCAAGACUGUAGUUUUCCUGGCCUCUGGAAAGCAGGUCCGGUUUGUCUACGAGUCGUUCCGGCACCUGCAGCCCGGUAUCCCCCUGAUGCACCUUCACGGCCGACAAAAGCAGGGAGGCCGACUUGAUAUCACCACCAAGUUCUCCCAGUCUCAGCACUCGGUGCUCUUCGCCACCGACGUUGCAGCCCGUGGUUUGGAUUUCCCCGCAGUGGACUGGGUCAUUCAAAUGGACUGCCCCGAAGAUGCCGACACCUACAUUCACCGAGUGGGACGUACUGCGCGUUACGAGCGUGUCGGUCGCGCCGUUCUUUUCCUCGAUCCCAGUGAGGAGAAGGGUAUGUUGAGCCGACUCGAACAAAAGAAGGUGCCGAUCGAAAGGAUUAAUAUCAAGGCGAGCAAGCAGAGCAGCAUCAAGAAUCAGCUGCAAAAUAUGUGUUUCAAGGAUCCGGAACUCAAGUACCUGGGUCAAAAAGCAUUUAUUUCAUAUGUCAAAUCAUGCUUUGUGCAGCCUGACAAGACGGUAUUUAAUAUCAAGGAGCUCAAACUGGAAGACUUUGCUGCUAGCUUGGGUCUACCCGGUGCACCACGCAUCAAGUUUAUCAAGGGAGACGAUACCAAGGAGCGUAAGAAUGCUUCUUGGAAGAUGGCCCACCUCUCCAGUGACGAGGAUUCAGAUGCAGAGGGCGAGAGCAAGAAGGAGAAGAAGAAGGAAGAGAACCAGGUGCGGACCCGCUACGACCGCAUGUUCGAACGACGAAACCAGGACGUGUUGGCAGACCACUACCACAAACUUAUCAACGACGACGGCACCAUGGUUGCCACCGGUGCCGGUGCCGGUGAAGACGCAGACGAGGAUGCCGACUUCCUAUCUGUCAAGCGUCGGUUCGUUGCAGGUGACGAGGAACUCGGUCAGGGUGGCUCCGACUCCGACGCCUCUGCUGAGAAGAAGGCAACCAGGAAGGUGCAGAUCGACGGACAGGAGCCGCUGGUUAUCGACUCCAAGCGCCGCGAGAAACUCCUCAAGUCGAAGAAGAAGUUGCUCAAGUUCAAGGGCAAGGGUACGAAGCUCAUCUACGACGACGAUGGCAAUGCCCACGAGGUUUACGAGAUGGAGGAUGAAGACCAGUUCAAGGCCCGCGGCGACGCCGAUACCCAGCGCCAGCGCUUCGUGGCGGAGGAGGCCGAACGUACUCGCCGUGCCGAUGUCGAGGACAAGGAGCUCGUGCGCGAGAAGAGGCGCGAGAAGAAGGAGAAGCGUCGGGCCCGCGAUCGUGCCCUUGCCGAAGAGGAGACCGGCGAGGAAGCCGGUAUCCAGGGCCUUCCCUACGUUCCCUUCGAGAUCCCGGGAUCCGAUUCUGCUUCCGAGGCCGAAGAGCCCCGUGCCAGCAAGAAGCCGCGUGUCACAUUUGCCGAGCCGGCCAGCGAGCUCGACGAGGCCCCCGCAGGCAAGAAGAGCAAGAAGGACAAGAAGGACAAGAAGGGAGCCGAGCCCCAGAUCGAGACACUGGAAGAUCUGGAGGCCCUGGCCAGUGGGCUGCUGGGCUAA